GCCUUCUGACGGCGACGAUGAUGAUAAAGCCGGGAAAGGGAUGUUCCACUGGAAAAACGUCCUCCGCCGGCUACCUCCUCCGACUCUUCUCCCUCCGGCCGUUGGAGGGGGGCGGGCGUGGGGAGGAAAGUCGAAAGGAGAAGAGAAUAAUUUAGCAGCAGCGGCAACCUUCCAUCUCUAUCUCGCUCUCUCUCUCCGUCUGUCUUCCUCCUGACGAGAGCCCGGUCCAGCGUCCUGUUCCUGCGCCCGCAGCGCGGCGACCCCCGGCGGAAACCGAGAGGCCGGCCACCGUCUUCUUUCUUGGUCGCUCGGCGUGCUCUGCCUCUCCCUCCCUGUUUCGCUGCUGCUGCUCUCCGCGCGGCCAGAGAGAGAGAGAGAGAGAGAGACGACCAGCGGAUCGCCUGGGUGUUCUUGGAUUGGAAGAUAGAGAGGAGGUGAAGGUGGAGAUAGAAAGAGAUCGGAAGGGAUAAUUAAGGAGUGUUUCCUUCCCAUGGGGAACUGCUUAGGGGGGAGCUCCUACGUCAACAAGGUCUCCUCCACUGCAAAGCCAGAGUCUCCACCCAAGAUCCAGAGCCCCUCGGAGCGGGACCGGAGCGAGGAGCGCAAGCUUCCGUCGAACCCUGGCGAGGUGGAGGCCCUGCGUCGCGGCGCGUCGUCGGCGGCGCGGAACCCGCUCGUGGCCUUCUCCUUCGCCGAGCUCCGGAGGGUGGCCAACGACUUCCGCAAGGACGCGCAGAUCGGCGGCGGCGGCUUCGGCCGCGUGUACAAAGGCUCCUUCUCGCCGCCCGGGGACGCGGCCCUGCUGCCGGUGGCCGUGAAGGUACACGACGGCGACAACAGCUUCCAGGGCCACCGCGAGUGGCUGGCGGAGGUGAUCUUCCUGGGGCAGCUCUCCCACCCGAACCUGGUGAAGCUGGUGGGCUACUGCUGCGAGGGCGAUCACCGCGUGCUGGUGUACGAGUACCUCCCCCUGGGCAGCGUGGAGUCCCACCUCUUCUCCCGCACGUCGCCGCCGCUGCCGUGGGCGGCGCGGAUGCGGAUCGCGCUGGGCGCGGCGCGCGGGCUGGCGUUCCUCCACGGCGCGCAGCCAGCGCCGGUGAUCUACCGCGACUUCAAGACCUCCAACAUCCUGCUGGGCGCCGGGUUCCACGCCAAGCUCUCCGACUUCGGGCUGGCCAAGGACGGGCCCGUCGGGGAGGCGUCGCACGUGUCGACGCGGGUGAUGGGCACGUACGGGUACGCGGCGCCCGAGUACAUGAUGACGGGCCACCUCACGGCGUCCAGCGACGUGUACAGCUACGGCGUGGUGCUGCUGGAGCUGCUCACAGGGCGGCGGUCGCUGGACCGGUCGCGGCCGCCGCGGGAGCAGGCGCUCACCGACUGGGCGCUGCCGGCGCUGCCGCACAAGAAGAGGGUGAUGGGCAUCGUGGACCCGAGGCUGCUGCAGGGCGGGGACGGGGACGAAGGCGCGCCGCCGGCCCGGGCCGUGCAGAAGGCGGCCAUGCUCGCGUACCACUGCCUGAACCGCAACCCCAAGGCGCGGCCGCUGAUGCGCGACGUCGUGGCGUCGCUGGAGCCGCUGCAGCAGCCGCCCGAGGAGCCAGGCGCCGCCGCGUGACCGGACGGAGAGACGUGCGUGCACGAGCUUGUCUGUGGAAGGAAGGUGCUCGAUCGACCCUGUCGUGUCCGUGGAAGCGAAGCGGAUCGACGGCGUGACGGUCGGUGGAGCUUGGGGAUGGGCUCAUGGGCAGAGAUGAUGAUUGUUUUGAUCGUUUCCAUUCCAGUUAUUGGGCGUGGCCACGGGGACUGUACGUGCUGACUGCUGAAUGGAGGUCGAGCACGGCUGGUGCUCCAUUGUUUGUACGCGUGUAAAUCCGACGAAGCUCUUGUGCGUUACAGUGUUCAAGGUUAAUCCUCUUGGAACU